AUGCAUUUGAAAAACCAGUUCAUUUUGGUCGUUAUAACCAUUUUUAUGGUUUCCUUCUUGGAUGCAACUGACAAUCUCAAUUAUUUCACAAGAGAUGAUGAAGAAAAACCAUGUCCACGAGUCAUGCUUACGGCUACUUCUGAAUCGGAUAUAAAGGGUCAAUUAACGUUUUACCAAGAUUCUGAUGGAGAUAUAUGGCUUGCUGGUAUUUAUCAGUACGGAUUUCAAGAUCCAAAAAAUUGGGUUUACGACUGGACAAUUCGAAAUGGAUGUGGAGAUAUUCUUUCUAAUCUUACUGAUUAUAUUGAUAUGGAAUUCGUUAAGGAUAGUGGAUGUAAUGGUUAUUCUUCUAAUGAUUCGAAAGAAGAUUUCAACAAGAGAAAUGGUUAUCUUAAUUAUUUUAAUAGGAGAAAUGGUCAUAAUCAACCUGAAAAAUGUGAAAUUGGACCAUGGGGAACCAAACCAAUAAUUAUUCAAAUUGAUGAAUUAACUUGGGAUUGUAAUAAAAAAGGUUUAAAAUAUCAAAAAUGUGAUGAUAAGGAUAUUUAUAAAGAUCAAGUAAUUAAUUAUGAUGAUGAUAAACUUCCAAAACGACUUGAUGAUCAAGGACCACCAACCGGCUUGUAUCUUAUAAUUGAUGGUGAAACCAAAUCAGGAAAACGUGCUAAUAGUCAAUCCGUUGCUGCGAUUAACAUUAAUGAUCAUGAUGAAGGCACUCCUAAUCCAGAACCUAAACCAUCACCUCCACCUAGUCCAGAACCUAUUCCACAACCUACACCUCCUCCACAACCUAAUCCACAACCUACACCUCCUCCACCUACACCUACUACAUUAGAGACCACGAAAGUGACUAUAACAGUUACAGUAACUUCAACACAACCAGGUCAUACGAAAAGGGGGUAA